AUGGCAGAACUACUCAACAAAAUCGGAGACAUUGAGGUGCGCCACAAAAGAACACUCUCGGAGGACACAUACACCGAACUGCUGGGACUACGGAGGCAGUUACAGGCACUGCUGCUCAAGAAACACUACCGACAAAGAUUGAAGGCCUUCUACUAUAUUCACACAAACAAAGGCGGCAAACUCCUAGCCCGCAUGCUUAGGGGACAGCAAACACAUGCGCAAGUCCAUAAGCUGAAAAUAGCGGGCAGACGAACGACCAUAGCACACGAAUUCCGCUCCUACUACACACAACUAUACAACUUGCACCAACAGCCCCCCAACAGACACUAA